AUGGAGUAACUUGAUUAUGAAGAACUGCUAUAACGAUUUCGAUAUUCCUACAUUAAGCCUAAUUCUUAAUUGAGAUACUAUUUAUAAUCUCUUCCCUCAGAGUAAUACCCUGAUUUAUUCCAAAAGAUUGAAAACUUAAAUUAUGAGUCUCAAAAAGUCAAAAGAUUGCUGAGAAUGCUUCACAAACCGCAUUAAACCCCUCAAUAUUUCCAACUUAAAUUGAAGCAUAAGUUAAAAAUCAAUGAAACUGCGCCCCUCGAAGUUGUCGACUUCAAUAAGAAAAACACAUUAAUUUUAGCAUCCCAACAAUAAGGUUAAUAAUUAUUUGAUAGAUUAAAGGAAGAGUUUUUUGUUGACUCCAAAAUAAGAAAGAGCGAUUCACUCACAUUCAAAAAUCAAUAUUAUAAGGCAUUAUAGGAUAAUUUAACUAAUCAAUGCCUUGAAUAAUGUCUGCGACUUCUUAAGAGAUCAGAAUAAAAUCUGGACACCCUCUAAAUUGUGCUCAGUGAAUUAGUUGACACCUAAUACGAUAUUACUCCAUAAUUAGGAGCAAUUCAUAAUGCAUUGUCUGAGUUUAUUAAGAAUGAUCUAUCGAUCACUUGCUUGAAAUUAGCACAUUCUUGUGUAAGAGGGGAUUUAACUGUUGCAGUUUAAUUCGUGGCUAAGAUGACUUAGGGUAUUCAUGAUGAGAAUAGAAAAUUUGCGUUUCUUGGUACUCUUCCUCAUAAGUGCCAAAAGUAAGUUGAUAUCAUAUAUAAUUUGGCCACAAUUCUGAAUGAUGAUUAAAAAGUAUUUGAUUUGAUUGCACGAAUGCGAGAUCUUUAAGUUCCUUUGGGUAAUUGGGUUCACCUAAAGAAGUUAUUAAACAUCAAUAAGUACACGAAUACCUUUGUCUCACUUUUGGUUGUGGAUUGGCUAUUGGAGAAGAAAUAUGAAUCGAAUAGUAAAGACUUGGAAUCCAUUAUGGAAUAGAUUAUUAGUGGAUUAGCUGCAAAUUUUAAGAACUUUGCUAAAGUAAUUACAUAGCCAGUCAUGUUUUUAGCUCAAUUGAAAUGUGUUGUUUUAUAUGCACUGUUCUGUGAAGAUGAUGCUCCAGCCAAAUUGAUGAUCGCAAUUAAUGAAAAUCUGAAUAAACACACAGAGAUCUUCAACCCAAAGAGUCAUUUGUGUUAAUUAAAGUAUUUGAUUUCACCAUCAUGUUAAAAUGAGAGUUAGUUAUUCUUGGAUUGUUUAUUUUUGUAUUAAGCAAUCACAUUUGAUGAGAAGGAUCAAUUCAAUUAUAUAUUGCCAUUGAUCAUCUUGAUAGCAUUCAGCAGUAGAGUUAAAAAUAGUGUGAAUGUCAAGCAAUCUCUAAAACUAUUAACACCAUUCAAAUCAAUCGAAAUCAAUGUGCUCUACAAUAAAAUAUUUAAGGCUUUGCAUGAAUUUCUGUAUUAUGUCAACCCCCACUAAGGAGAAGGAAUCAAUUUCAGGAAGGAUAGAUUGAUACACUUCGUUAGAUUUAUCAUGGUUCAAAUUGGAAACACCCACAUUAAAUAACCCAAGUACAUUUACACUACCUUUUCUCAUGCAUUUAUUUCUCAAUUUCAAUUUAAGCUACCAAAAUAUGAAGUCAAUGUGAAUCCCCUGAGUUGGUUUACCAAUCGCGGAUUAAUGAGCAAUAACCCUUACACAGUUCAAUCUACAGUUAAUUAUUGCAGACUCCUGGUUGAGUAAGGAUACUUCAAUUAAAUUGUUUAACCCAUUCAAGAAUGGUUUAAUCCAUUGAACAUUAACAGAUUAAACAGUAUAGAUCACUUAGAUGAAUAAUUGUAGUAGGUUGAAAUCGAAUCCUACGACCAUACAGCUUUAUAGCAAUCCGGAUUGAAAUUGAUGACUGACGAUAAGCCAGUAGACGAAGCUGAAUUACAAUUGUAGCAAGAACUAAAAAAGUUUGAAAGCAAUAACCUAGUUCUAAUGGAUGAAGGAGAAGAAAAGUAACAAAUGUUAUUGAAAUAAAAGAAUAAGUUGUGUCAAAAAUACUUAUUGUGCUUACAAUUAUUUGAAGGACUUCUUCACACUAAGGCCAAAGAGUAAUUCAUCACAAAAUACUUUGAUAAGAUAUCUGCCUUCACUAAAGAAAUGUCCACUAGAUAUGACAGUUGUAUGUUCCUACUAAAGUAUUUUGAGACUAUUCCCUUGUUACAGCAAUUCAAGUGGCCUCUCACUUACUUCUUCUUGGAACGCAGUUUGAAUUCCAUCCCCAAUGAUGUCACACUAGAAAAAAUCCAUUAAUUUCAAGAUUGCCUUAUGAAAAACAUCAAAAACCCACCCAUCCAUCUAAUUCAUUUGAUGAACCUCUACAUUAUCAACCAAAAUUCAUUUACUUAGACUACCAAGUUUAAGGCUUUUGCCAUCAUUCUGAAAUAUAAGGAGUAAUUGCCAAUUGCUGAAUACUUUACACCCUUUGUUCACAAUAUCAACAUUUGUGGACAUGCCAAGAAUGCAGAUUAAGUGUUGUAACUGAUCUUUAACAAAGACAGUGAUGAACAUUAUCAAUUAUUCUUUAAUAACAUUUUUAAUCUUGUGCCAGAAGCCUAAAAUCUAAUUUUGAGAACAAUACCUAAUUUACCAGAUAACUUUGACAUUCAUAUCAAAGUCAGAGUGUUGGCUCAAUUCGAAGAAACAAAAGUGGCUGCCCUACCCUUUGUGGAUAAGGAGUUUAAGGUAUUGAACUAAAUCCAAAGAUGGGACCUUGUGGGAUUCUUGAAGAAGUAUCCAAGGGAACAUAGUGAAAUCAUGAUCAAUUUAUUAAAUGACGUCAAUGGAUUCCCAGAGAUGAUACUGUAAGCAGCAUCUAAGUUGAUUGUUGAUUAGCAAUUAUAAGAAGAAUAAUUGGAAUUCUUCCCCCAAUUCGUUAGUAAGUAAUUAAACACAUACCCUAAACAAUUAAUUGGCAAGACCAUUGAUUUGUUAAUUCAAUAUUCAUCUACUCCAGAAAGAUAAAAUUUAGCUGUGCUCUGUAGGGAGGCUGGAGUCUAAUUAAUCAGAAGUGUAGGUAAAGAAAACUCUAAUGAUAUCUUGAAUCAAAUUGAAAACCAUCUCCAAUCCAAAAAUACCUGUGCUUCUAUACGGGCCAUAACGUUUUUGGGUGUCUUGUCUUCGUUUUUACAAGGACACAACUAAGUGAAAACUUAAGAAUAGAUUGUCUAAUUGUUUAGAAGCAGUGACAACGAUUCAUAAUUGGAAUUAGCUCGUUCAUUAUAAGAAUUAUUGAAUCUGUUCCCAGAUACUGAAAAUUUAGUUAAAGAAUUAUUGAGAACUAACAAGUAAGAGAAGGAUGAGAAAGUAAAGAGAGGAAAUGCUUAUAUGAUAGCAGGAUUAAUAAAAGGUUUGGGUAUAGAAAUGGUGGAGCAGUUGGGUAUUUUGGAUUUAUUGGAAGUGAAAGAUAGAAAGGAGACUCUAGAGGAUAAGUUUAAUGUUCUCAUAUAAUUACAAGCAUUGAUUGAGUUAUUUUAGAAGACAUUAGAACCAUAUGUGGAGAAAGUUAUGGAGUUGCUGAUUAAGUAUUUUGGAGAAGGAAAAGUGGAAGUGCGUAACUUAGCCAUGGCGAAUGCAAAUAGAUUAUUGUAAUCUCUCUCGAGUUAUGGUGUUAAGAUUGUGCUUCAAAAAUUACUCGAGGUUCUGGAUUCAGAUACUCAAUGGAGAGUGAAAGUGGCCAUCAUUUGGGCAUUAGGCCAUUUGGCACAUUGCUCACCAAAACAAUUGUCAAGUUGUCUUCCUUAGAUUGUCAAUUCCAUCUCCAAAGCAAUUUCUGAUACUCAUCCUGAUGUAAAAGCAGAAGCCAAUAAAUCAUUGAAUGAAAUAGGAUCGACCAUUAAGAAUCCUGAAAUUUCAAGUAUUGCAGACAUACUCAUCAUUUCAUUAUCCAAUCCCUAUGAUGAAAAUUUAAGAGGACUAUCAGUAGUAUUGGAAACAAAGUUCAGACAUUACAUCGAUGCUCCAGCCAUGUCAUUAUUGAUUCCCAUCAUCGAUUAUGGUCUCAGAGCAUAGGAUAGUAAUUAAAGAAGACAAGCUUCUAUUUUAAUAGGAGGAUUACCUCAUCUUAUCUAGAAGAGUGAUGAUCUAGUACCAUAUAUGAAUUUAAUUGUGGGUGGAUUGGAGGUAGUGAUAGGGGAUCCGCUGUUAGAAGUCAGGACAAUUGCAGCAAAGGCAAUAGGUCAAGUAUCCAAAAAGAUCGGAAUUGAAUAUACUAAGACCUUCUUUAAAUUCAUAUGGGAUGUAUUAGAGAAUAAGGAGGCUAGUUCGAAUAAGAGAUCUGGUGCAGCUCAUGCAUUUGCUGAGAUUUCUUGUAUUCAUGGAGAUAACUAUUUGGAGGACCAAUUAAAAUUUAUUUUCAGUUAGAUUCAGAGACCAGAAAUAUUUGUUAAGGAAGGGUAUAUUGGGAUAUUUAUUUAUAUUCCAAGCAUUUUAUAAUAGAAAUUUGAAAAUUAUGUGAAGGACAUAAUUGAGAAUGUUUAUGAAUGUGUUAGUCAUGAAGAUGAGGUGGUAAGUAGUAUCACAUUAAGAGUGUUGAAGAUUUUAAUUAAGAAUUUUUGUAUUUUAUAGAAUGAAUUAUUGUAUCUAUCAUUGACAGAGAAUAUGUUAAAUGAGGAUGCCAAAAAACGAAAUGCAGGAACUAUUUUGAGUGGGGAAAUGCUCAAAAUGACUCAGAAGUAUGUGUUUGCUCAAUUGAACAAUCCAGAUAGUCUCCAGUACAUCAACAUCGAUCUAUAUUAUAUGAAUCUAAUGACAUUAUACACCAUGUAAUAAGAUGUCACAGAUGUUGUCAGAUAAAAUGCAGUGGCUAUUUGGAUGGAAUAUAUAGAUAACACUCCCAAAACUUUGAAGAGUGGAUUGAAACAAUAUGUUAUUUAAUUGUGUAAUAUUAUGAGUAGAGAAAGUGUUGUGUAAAAUGGUAUCAACACUAUCAGAAAUUUCUGUGAAAAGUAUGGUGAGACUUAGAUGAAUGAAGCAUUCAAUCAUUUAGGCUAUGUCCUAUAGAAUUACUAAGAUAAUUUAUCAUUAGUCAAGGGGGCUUAUUCUGUAUUGAAUCAGAUUUAUAUUCAUAUCUCUUUGAAUAUCGCUACAAGAUAUAGAGAUCAAUUUAUUGAAUUUUCAAGAUUAUACAUCUUCUGCAAAGAUAACCUGAUUAAAUCGUAAUUGUUUUAAUCAAUUGGUUCAAUGAUCAAUAAGGUUAAAUAGACUACUUUUGUGGAAAUGAUCAUUGAACCAUAUUUGAUUGACUUAUCUAAUAUGAGUGAACUUGAUCCUCGGUAUUCUGGCUAUUUAGAAGUGUUCUCCAGGUUGUGCUCAUUGAAUUAAACUCUAAUAUAGCAUUAUUUGAUGGUGUUGAUUUUGGUACCACCACUACAUCAAUUCAAAAUUGAUAUUCUCACUAAUAAUGCAUCCACCUUCGCUAGUGUCAUGUAUAAACAGUGUGAUAACAAAAUACCGAUCCAGAUAUUGUUUAAUGAUCUCUAUUCAUGUGCUGAUUUCAACGAUCAUAACGAAUGGAAUGAUAGGACUGAAUCUCUCCUGUAUUGUAUUCAAUAAUUGAGUAUUCACAUCAAAUCUGAUAUUGAAAAUUCCUUAACAAUAUUUGUAGAAGAUAUUCUUCGACAAUUAUAAACUAAAAGUAAACCAAUCUUUGAAUCUGAAACACAGCCUACUGAUUAUAAACAUUCUCUUAUUCCAUUAGAAGUGUUGUAAUACUUCUUGUAAAAUACAUCUGAGGAUCAUCAACAAUUCUCUCAAGCUAUUAUCGAGAAGGUAGCUCCUUUCUUAUAUUUGUAAUCAGCUAACCUUUCCAAGCAAUAACUUGAGAAAUUCUAUAAUUUAGCCAACAAAAUCAUCUACGCAAUUAAUAACACAUUAGAUAAGCAAUAUCAUUUCGAUAAUAUGCGUAACCUACACACUUGUUUCACGAAUCGAAUCCACAUCCAUCAGAUACCUAGUCUGAACACCUAAGAUGGUGCUGGAAUAGAACCCUAUGUUUCAAUGCUCAUCGAUUGCUUUGUGUUUGGCAAAGAGGAGAUGUUCAAGUAUGCCUUCGACUUUAUGAAAAUACUAAUAAGAUUCACUGAAGAACAGUAACUUUAAAUCUACAUUCUCAAAUUGGUCGGCUCUCUUAUACGCAUCCUGAAUUACAAGGGCAAUACUGAACUCAAGGUGCUGGCCUUGCAAUUGGUGCAUUUAUCCCAAGAGAAAGGACUUGAUAUUUCAAAGUUUAAGUCACAAUUAACUAUUACUUAUGAGAAACUAAUUAUCGACAUCAACUAAAUAGACGGAGGAUUGAAACAACUAUCGAAGAGUUAUAGUUAAUUCCUUUAAUGGCAUGAUAAAAAAGAUCUGCUUCUGAAUUAGCUUUUUAACAAGGGUGUUUAAAGCGUUAUUUAGGAGGCUCGAGAAUGCCAUUUGAAAAUAGUUAAGAAGGCAAUCAAGGAUCAACAAGAAUAGAUUUAUUCCUCUGCUGUUUUGGAAAGGUUCUUCUCUCUCUCUAAAUAAUAUUUUGAGAAGUGCAUUCAAACUGAAACAUUCGAUCUUGCUUCUCCUUGUGAAUUGAAUCGUCUAGGUAUCUAUAUCAAUUAUAUUCGCUUAGCUCAUAUCCUUGCCUUAACAUACACUUAUACUAAUAAAAACAACAAAGAGUAAUAUGUACAGAAGUACAUUAAAUUUGAUCAAUAUGGUAUACUUUUAAGAUUGCAAUUUGUCAGAUAUUAAAUGAAAGAACUAAUACCUGACACAAUCACUUAUGCUGUCCAAUAAAUCAAUACUAAUGAAAACAUGCCUUAUGUUCUAUAAUUACUGAAAACUUUAAGGAAAUUCCCCAAUACUUAUGUUAAACAAUAAUUAAAACCGAAAUUCUAGGAGGGUUCACAAAUUUUAUAUGCGUUAUCAAGAUUAUUAUGA